GAGCAGAUCGGUAAGAGAUUAGAACCUUGACCGAAAAUGGCGGCAUCAAUUUCUCGAGUAGUAGUCUAUGGUGGAAAAGGAGCUUUAGGAAGAGAAAUAGUCGGUUAUUUUAAGCAAAAAAGUUGGUGGGUCGGUAGCAUUGACAUUUUCGGUAACGAUGAAGCAAAUGCUAAUUUCCUAAUCAAUCCGGAAUUAUCUUGGACUGAGCAAAACGAAUCGAUAAAUAAUCAGGUAUCUUCGGCGAUAGGAGAUGAAAAAUUGGACGCAAUUGUAUGCGUCGCGGGAGGUUGGGCUGGCGGAAAUGCAGCCUCUAAAGAUUUGGUUAAAAAUAGCGAUUUGAUGUGGAAGCAAAGCGUUUGGACGUCGAUUAUUGCAGCUGGCCUGGCUUCAAAUUAUCUUAAAGUUGGUGGUAUGUUGACAUUAACGGGAGCAAAGGCUGCACUAGAAUCUACACCAGGCAUGAUUGGAUAUGGCAUGGCAAAAGCUGCUGUGCACCAACUCGUUGCCAGUUUAUCGGAUGGCAAAGGAGGGCUUCCCGAAAAUAGCUGUGUAGCUGCUAUAUUACCUAUUACCCUUGAUACUCCUAUGAAUCGUAAAUUUAUGCCCAAGGCUGAUACUUCUACUUGGACACCACUCGAUUUCGUUGCAAAGCUGCUCUACAGCUGGUCUACUAAUGUCGACAGACCGAUUAGUGGCAGUUUAAUGCAACUUGAAACGAAAGAUGGAAAAACCGAAUUGAAAACGGCUAAGAUGUAG